UUUUAAAGUAAAUUGCUAUAAAAGUAAAGUGAACUUUAAACAUAACUACAGAAAGUUAAUUUUAAAUUAUCACUUGUUCAAGAACGAUCGUGGAAGAUAUGUGUGUGAAUAAUUUAAAAUAUUAAUAACAAAUGCUAGUUUUAAAGAAAUUAUUUCUUAAAUAUAAAUCUAGUGAACAAAAUGUUGGAAUAUUAUGUCAAACAGCAAGUAUGGAUAACUAUACGAUUAUACAUAGGGCAGAUUCUAGUGGGCUAUGGUCUAGGCUGGACUGCUCCCAUCAUCCCAAAGAUCGAUGAUUCCCAAACAUCGCCGUUACCAAAUCAACUGACAGAAACAGAAAAAUCUCUUAUCGGGUCUAUUCUAUAUGUUGGUACUAUCCUGGGGCCUUAUCUUACUGGGUAUUUAUGCAACGCGAUUGGUCGAAAGCCUUGUUUUAUACUAGCUGGGUUGAUUUCUCUUUUAUCUUUCCUACUUCUGGCAACCGCAAAUAACCUCUCUAUGAUAUAUAUUGGCAGAGUAUUCUGUGGACUUGGUACAGGAAUUAUAUUUAUUGUGAACCUUGUAUAUAUAGGGGAAAUAGCGUCGACCAAUAUUAGAGGAAUAUUGUUAACGAGUAAUGCAAUUUUCUCAACGCUGGGAACACUCAUCGUAUAUGCAGUUGGACCAUAUGUCUCGUAUGCAUUGGUAUCUUACAUUGCAGCGGCCAUUACAGUUGUGUAUUUAUUUGGAGUUUUAUUUAUACCAGAAUCACCCACAUAUUUGAUUUUAAAAGACAGGAAAGAUAAAGCUGGACUUGUAAUGGAAGAAUUAGGAAGAUCUAAAGAAUACCAUAUUUAUCAAGAAAUGAAGAUAAUAGUUGAGAAACAGAGUGUUAUAGAAGAAUGGAAGCAGAUAUUGACGGUCAAGAGUAAUAGAAAAGCAUUAUUUAUAACUCUAACUUUAGGUAUUUUGCAACAAGGAAGCGGUAUCAUAGCAGUAACUUUCUUUGCGACUACAAUCUUUCAAAUAGCUGGUUCUUCAAUAGAACCAAAUAUAGCUACCAUAAUAAUUGGUGUGACACAAAUAUUUUCAAGUACAUUAACACCAUUCUUCGUUGAAAGGAUUGGAAGGAGAAUUUUGUUGAUUUAUUCAACAACAGUAUGCACAUUGAGUUUAGCGACACUGGGUGUAUAUUUUUAUUUGGACUACAUAAGUCACCCAUCAGUUAUGAAAAUCCAAUGGUUACCGUUAGUCACAUUGAUUAUAUUCUUCCUUUCUUAUGAUUUUGGUUUUGGAAUAAUUCCGGGAACAUUGAUUGGAGAAAUGUUCCAAUCGAACGUUAGGAGUACUGGAUCGACAGUCAGUGUUACCACCUCUUGGCUGUUUGGUUUCGGCGUGGCAACAGCCUUCGGCUAUAUGAUAUCUGUACUUGGCAGUCAUAUCACAUUUUGGAUAUUCUCCAGCAUGUGUGCACUCGCUUGUCUCUUUGGAAUAUUCUUCGUGCCCGAAACAAAAGGAAAAACGUUGAUCGAAAUUCAAGAAAUGUUAAAUAAAUGAGUAUUAAAUGCG